AUGACUAUCCUCCCAGCAUCAGCGAGGCGGCAUCUGCCGGCGCUGUUCCAGCGGCUACCCAUGAUCUCGCACAUGUCGAUGAUCCCCUUCAUCUUCCUCGGUCCGCGAUUUUUACCGUGGUUGUUUGUCGCCGUGCUGUUCUUUGUCCACGCCAUGUUGUUGACUGUCAACUUCCGGACAAUAUGGGGAGCCUUCCUCGCGUGGCGCGGUGUACUCUCACACUCGGCGGUCGACUGGCGCGCAGAAUACGCACACAAGCGACGUCUCCUUUCCGCUCAGGACGCGUCGACCGCCUACCUUUUUGACGAAGUCGAGCACCUCAUCUUCUGCCCCAACUACGCCGAGGACAUCUCGGUCCUCCGCGAAACCCUCUACCUCCUCUCGACCCAACCCCUCGCGCUCACAUCGUACCACCCCGUUCUCGCCAUGGAGGCGCGCGAGGUCGGCGCAGAGGCCAAGGCGCAGCAGCUCAUGGCCGAGUUCCGGUCCAGCUUUAAGGAUAUCGGCUUUGCGCUGCACCCCGGAGGAAUUGAUGGAGAGGCGGCGGGGAAGAGUUCUAAUUUGGCUUGGGCGGUCAGGCAGGCGUGGAAUGAGUUGAAGGAUGACGGGGAUGAAGAGCGGAUCAAGAAGACUGUCAUCACCAUUAUUGACUCUGACACCGCUCUUGCUGGAGACUACUUUUCGUCCAUUUCGUGCAAAUUCGCUCUUCGGCCACCAAAUGAGAGGACGCGCUGCACCUUCGUCCCUCCCAUUUGCUUUGACCGGAACGCACACGACGUGCCCGUCUCGGUCCGCGUCACCGACAUCAUGUGGGCCCUCGCUGGUCUUUCCUCCAUCUACACGGGUUCCGGCGCCAAAAUCCCCACAUCGGCCUACUCGCUGUCCCUCUCCCUGGCCGCUAGCGUCGGAUUCCACGAUGCCGGACCCCAGGCGAUCGGCGAGGACAUGCACAUGUACAUCAAGUGCCUGUUCUCGACCGGCGGCAACCUCAUCUCGGAGACCAUCUACUCGCCGGCGUCGCAGCUCGACGUCGUCGCCGGCGAGCGUGGCGGUCUUCGCGGAUUCUGGAACGACCACGUCGCGCGGUACAAGCAGGCCAUCCGGCACAUGUGGGGAUCGCUCGACACGGGCUACGGUCUCACCCGUCUCUUCAACGCGGACUAUACGGCCCACCCCGAGCCGGAGCUCUCCAUGACCCAUCGCCAGCCCACACCUACCGUCUUCACCGCACAGCCAGAACCCGUCAUCGGGCUCAAGACGAUCCGGGAGGAGAUGCCGGUGAAAAAGUCACGGAGAAACUUUGCAGAGGAGGACUUUACGAUGCCGAGUCCUUCAGACUCGUCAGCGUCGAGUUCGGCCGAGAGCGUUAUUUCGGCGGACGAUGAGGAGACGUCCAACUCGAGUCUGAGCGAGACGGAGGAGUUUGUGCAUGAGAAGCAGCCGAUGGUGCGGCCGGUGCAGCAACAUACGGAGGUGCUGGUCAGGAGGACAACACCGUUCAUCUCGCUCGUUUUCCGUUUGUACGAGGCGCAUCUUCUCAUGGGGCACAUGCUUUUGCUCGUCGCCCUGCGGAUAUUGGCUCAGACCACCGGCAAGGCUAUGCCCGCGCAACCUAUGAUUCCCCCACUCCCGACCAUGUCGAUGCUGUCAAGUAGCGGCGAACUCGUCGACUGGGCAUACCUCGUCACCGACCGCAUGCGGAAUGUUUCGCUCGUCCUCACCAUCGUCAUGUUCAUCUGCUACGACAGGUAUCACCAGGCGACCGUCAAGCACCGCUGGAGCAUUCCGGGCGGGCGUCUCGGUGUUCAGAGCGCAGAUAGGAGUCUCCGACCAUUCCCUAUUGCCUGCUUCGACUACCUUGCGCUCCCAGCAGGUAUCGUGUACGGUAUCGUCCCCCUCCUCCAAGCGCAAUUCAUGCAGCUCUUCACCGACCGGAUCGUCUAUACCGUCUCGUUCAAGCCAAAAGGACGAGACGUGCGGCGGCCAGUCGACCUCGAGAAGGCCAUCGCGGUAUAG